UGGCUUGCUAUAAAAAUCCCUCUCCAUGGAUAAACAAAACUCGAAAACAAUUAUGAGAAUCAAUUCGAACUUUUAUCUUCUUCGACACUUGGACUAGAGAAAAGGAAGGGGCUGCCCACUUCCUUCUUCCUUUUCAUGAACCCUCAAUACUCUAAUUAAUCCUUAUUCUCCCACAAUCAUAUUCAUGGCCACACUCACAAAGCUUCAUCUCUACCCGCCAUCCAUAGACCAUUUUUCCUUUUGCUUAAAGGACCAUCAAGGAACCGGGCUUCGGCUGGGGAAUUUUCCGUCCGGCCCACGAUUAGGUAGAGGCCGCUGUGGGUUGCAUGUGUUGCCGUGCAGGUCGUUUAGGGGCGAAGAUGGGAGUGAACUGGAAGAGAAGGAGAUAAAAAAUUUAAAGGAAGAGCAAAGGAGGAAGUUCAAAAAUGGAAAUGGGUUUUGGGGUUCUUGCAAAUCUGCUGUUUCAGGUUUUGGAAAAUCGAGCUCCCAAUCGAGUGAUGACUAUAACAAGGCACUGGCUAAGCUCGAGGAGGUUUUCUCAUCGAUUGCAAUCCAAAUUGGAAGGUAUAUUGUGACCAUGAUGAGUACUGGGGUUAUACUUGCAGUUGGUUUUCAGUUGUCAGGUGGGGAUAGUCAGAUGAAUACAUUAAUUUGGUAUAGCUGGCUUGGAGGAAUCAUCAUUGGAACUAUGAUAGGUGCCAACAUGGUUUUAGACGAGCAUUGUCGAGCUGGUCCACGUAAUGUUGUCAUAACUGGAAGUACAAGGGGAUUGGGAAAAGCACUUGCUCGAGAAUUUCUUCUUUCAGGAGAUCGUGUGGUUGUUACAUCUCGCAGCCCUGAAUCUGUUGACAUGACUGUCAAAGAACUUGAGGAGAACCUCAAAGAAGGUGUGGUUACUGCAAGUGGUUCCUCUAAGAAGAACCUGGCACAUGCUAAAGUGGUUGGCAUAGCAUGUGAUGUUUGUGAAGCUGAUGAUGUACGCAAAUUAGCAAACUUUGCUGUCGACAAACUUGGUUAUAUCGACAUAUGGAUAAAUAAUGCCGGAACAAAUAAAGGUUUUAGGCCAUUGCUGCAGUUUACAGAUGAAGAUAUUAAACAGAUUGUCUCUACAAAUUUAAUCGGCUCCAUUCUCUGCACCAGAGAAGCAAUGUAUAUAAUGAGAAAGCAAGCUAAAGGAGGACACAUAUUUAACAUGGAUGGUGCUGGUUCUGGGGGAUCUAGCACACCCCUUACUGCUGUUUAUGGGUCAACAAAGUGUGGUCUUAGGCAGCUUCAUUCGUCACUUUUGAAGGAGUGCAAGAAAUCUAAAGUUGGAGUACAUACUGCAUCUCCAGGAAUGGUACUUACAGAUCUGCUUUUGAGUGGUUCAACUGUAAGAAAUAAGCAAAUGUUUAACAUCAUAUGCGAGCUUCCUGAAACAGUUGCUAGAACAUUAGUUCCCCGAAUGCGGGUUGUAAGGGGUACAGGGAAAGCCAUCAAUUACUUGACUCCACCUCGGAUAUUACUUGCCUUAGUCACUGCGUGGCUGCGACGAGGUCGGUGGUUUGAUGACCAGGGAAGAGCGUUGUAUGCUGCAGAGGCUGAUAGACUCCGAAACUGGGCUGAAAACCGAACAAGAUUUUCUUUUACAGAUGCGAUGGAGAUGUAUACAGAGAACACUUGGGUGUCUGUAUUCUCACUUUCCGUGGUCUGUGCCUUCAUAAUACUCUCUAGCACUGGUGGGACAUUGCCUGGAACAUGAUGCUUUUUACUUCCAGCAGAAGACUGCAAAAUAGUAGACUGAUCAAAGGAUUACGCAAUUAGGAUUACCAAUAAGCAAAAAGGAAGACAAUCGGAGCAGCUGGGUUGUGGUGAAUUUUUUCUACCUGCAGCCAGCGAGCACUAUUCUUAACUACUGUAAAUUGGGAUUCCAUGUGUCAGGCACCCGGUGAGUGAUGUACAGAGUUUUUAGGUGUUAUGCAUACAGAAGAAACACAUUGUUUUUUUUUAUCUUCAUUGUAAACCAUCACUUUUUAACUUCAUAGAAUAUAUUUGCUACCAAAUUAUGUUUAACAUUCUUUCUA